CAGCGCGGAGCGGCACGGCUCGGCUCGACUCGGCACGGCCCGGCCCGGCCCGCCUGCAUGCGGCGGCGGCGGCGACGGAGCGGCCGGGCGGGAUGAACGGCUCGGAAGCGGGCGGCGGCACGGCGGCGGCGGGGCUGCUAGCGGGCGCCGGGAGUGCGGCACUGGAGCUGGAGCGGGCGCUACGCUGCUGUACCGCCGCCUCCGUGGUGACCGACGGCGGCGGGGCGGCGGCGGCGGACGAGCGGAGCCUGUACAUCAUGCGAGUGGUGCAGAUCGCCGUCAUGUGCGUCCUCGCCCUUACCGUCGUGUUCGGCAUCUUCUUCCUUGGCUGCAACCUCCUCAUCAAGUCCGAGGGAAUGAUCAACUUUCUGGUCAAGGAUCGGCGCCCGUCCAAAGAGGUGGAGGCGGUGGUGGUGGGGCCGUACUAACCGCCUCGCCGCGCCGCGCCCCGCUCCGCGCCCGCCCAUCCCGACGGCGCGGCCCCGGGGGAGGCAGGCCCGGGCCCCCGCUCCUAGAUGACUGCACAGCGGCCAUCCUCCGUUCAGACGUGACUGUUUGGUCUGUUGUUUUUAUUUGAUUUUAUUCCUCCUUAAACACAACAGCAAACGAGCCCCGAGAGCCCGAAGCCGGUGAGACGUGCGGGGCUGCCCGGCGUGCGCGGUCCUCGGGGCCGCCCGCCCCGGCUUGCGGGGCUCCGAAGUAAAACCGUGCUCUGAUGGCAA